CAUCUACCACGAAGUGUCCGUAUUUACGAAGCUCUCUUAUGACCCAUCUACCACCAAGUGUCCGAAAUUGCCAACUUUCCUUUUUAUUAACUCCUCCGGUUUGCAAAAGCCAUUGUCACCCUGACCCCCUGCUGUUCUGUUCUUUCCUGCUUUCCAAGACUCAUAUUUUAUCACUACUCUCUCUCUCUCUCUCCCUAACUCUUCACUUGAUUUGGUUUGGUUUGAUUUGGUAAGCCCACGAGCCUCGGAUUGUUCGAUAUUUUGUAAGUGAGGAGGGUUAAGCAAAGGAGAUGGCCAAUAUAGACAUUGAUGGAAUCUUGAAGGAGCUUCCGAAUGAUGGCCGUGUUCCCAAAACCAAGAUAGUAUGUACUCUUGGUCCCGCUUCACGGUCCGUAGCCAUGGUAGAGAAGCUGCUGAGGGCUGGGAUGAAUGUUGCUCGCUUCAAUUUCUCUCAUGGCAGCCAUGAGUAUCAUCAAGAGACCUUGAACAAUCUCAGGACUGCUAUGCAAAAUACAGGCAUUCUCUGCGCUGUCAUGCUUGACACCAAGGGACCUGAGAUUCGAACUGGAUUCCUGAAGGACGGGAAAGCUGUUCAACUGAAAGAAGGCCAGGAAAUUACCGUAACUACUGAUUAUGAUAUUAAGGGAGAUGAGAAGAUGAUCUCCAUGAGCUACAAAAAGCUGGCUGUUGAUCUGAAGCCUGGAAAUAACAUUUUGUGUGCAGAUGGUACAAUCACGCUAACAGUGUUGUCCUGCGAUCCUGCUGCUGGAACUGUGAGAUGCCGCUGUGAGAAUACUGCAAUGAUUGGUGAGAGAAAAAAUGUCAACCUUCCUGGUAUUGUGGUGGAUCUUCCCACACUCACGGAGAAGGAUAAGGAAGACAUCUUAGGAUGGGGAGUUCCCAACAGUAUUGAUAUGAUUGCUCUUUCAUUUGUACGCAAAGGGUCUGAUCUUGUUAAUGUCCGUAAGGUCCUUGGUCCCCAUGCGAAGCAGAUUCAAUUGAUGUCGAAGGUUGAAAACCAGGAGGGUGUCAUCAACUUUGAUGAGAUCUUGCGUGAGACUGAUGCAUUUAUGGUUGCCCGUGGUGAUCUUGGAAUGGAAAUUCCAGUAGAGAAGAUCUUCUUAGCACAAAAGAUGAUGAUAUACAAGUGUAAUCUUGCAGGCAAGCCAGUGGUUACUGCCACUCAAAUGCUUGAAUCUAUGAUUAAGUCUCCAAGGCCAACCCGUGCUGAAGCUACUGAUGUUGCUAAUGCUGUCCUCGAUGGUACUGAUUGUGUCAUGCUCAGUGGCGAGAGUGCUGCUGGGGCCUAUCCAGAGCUUGCUGUGAAGAUUAUGGCUCGAAUUUGUAUUGAGGCAGAAUCUUCCCUUGACUAUGCUGCAAUCUUUAAAGAAAUGAUUCGAUCAACUCCACUUCCAAUGAGCCCAUUGGAAAGUCUUGCAUCCUCAGCUGUACGAACAGCUAACAAGGCUAAAGCUAAACUCAUUGUUGUCUUAACGCGCGGUGGAACGACAGCCAAGUUGGUUGCCAAGUACAGACCAGCUGUUCCUAUCCUAUCCGUGGUUGUCCCAGUCUUGACAACUGAUUCAUUUGAUUGGACCUGCAGUGAUGAAAAGCCGGCAAGACAUAGUUUGAUAUAUAGGGGCUUGGUUCCUCUACUGGCAGAAGGCUCCGCUAAGGCAACUGAUGCAGAAUCUACUGAGGUUAUCUUGGAAGCUGCUCUGAAGUCAGCUACAGAGAAGGGGCUAUGCAAGCCUGGUGAUGCCAUUGUUGCACUUCACCGUAUUGGUGCUGCUUCUGUUAUUAAGAUCUGCAUAGUGAAGUGAUGAUGUAGCAUCCAUUGAAGGACUUCAAAGGUGGUUUUUUGUAUUGCUUUUCAUGAUCUUUUAUGCUAGUUCAACUUUAGUAGAGGAUUCAGACGGGAGACAAUGUUGCCCUAAGCUAUUGUUACAGGAUUCUAUUUUGUUUUGUCUGGCUUGUGAUUUCCUGCUAGCUAGCAAUAAUUAUGGUGGAUUUCAUCAUGCGGCCUGGAAUGAAAAUAACAAGCAGGGGUUCCUGGA